UUCAAGCCUCUACUACCUGAACAUUCGAUUCAAUCUGUUGCACUUUUCAUUUUAUACGAUCGUUAUCUGUCUGCUAACGAUCACAUCCGCCGGUUCACUGUGUAUCAAGGACAUAAUGGAUGUGGCCGUCAUCAAGACCACUUGCUUACUAUUCCAAACGACGGCCAUGCAGAUUCGCGAACUAAAAGAUAACAUCUCGCAGGCACAGCUAAGCGUCGUCAUCAAGUCGCAUCGGGACACCUUGUUGUGCGCACAAUAUCUGCAGGAAGCUCUCAAUCUAUCGCUUCUGUUUCAGCUCACGUUUUGCAGCUUGAUAUGGUGUCUGAUGAUGUUCUACAUUUUGCUGAUGGGGUUUGACUCCAGAAUUCUGAAUGUUCUCAUACUACUGCUUAUAGUGACGGUAGAGACCUACACGUACUGUACACUCGGAACGCAGCUGACAGAUAAGGGUGAAGAGAUCCUGAUGGCGCUCCAGCAGCUCGCUUGGUACGAUCAGUCGAUCCCGAUUCAAAAGCAGCUUCUCUUCAUGAUUCGACGCUCGCAGAAACCGAUCAUCCUGAGUGCUGGCAAGAUUUUCUACGCCAAUGUACUGCAGUUCAGUGAGAUGGUGCAAAAGUCUUAUUCGUUUUAUUUGGUGCUGAAAAAUGUGUUUUAAACUCGGGGCCAAACAUCAAUAAUACACUGCAAGAUUCGAAUAGAAACACCAUUUUAUGAAGAUCUUGAACGAUGAAUAGUAAGAACCGCUCAUUCCACACAAACCACAGAAUGAAGUUUUCUUUACGCAAGUUUGCGCGGGAACUUGUGUUCUGUGGUCAGUGGGCGAGGAGCAUUCCACUUGAAACUUUAUUUCGACACACUUUGCAGCCUUUUUGUGGUUAAGCCCAUACUAGUAUAGGAUCCCACUUGCUGUUCAUCCGAAACCCACACACGCCUUUCAAUGUUAAUGAAAAGAGGCUUUCAUUGGAAUGCCCCAACAAUUCAAAUAUAUGAACCACUUUGGCUUGCUUGUCUAGUUUUAUGAUACAGUGUACGCUUCGGAAUUGCGAAAGGAAUGAUUAGUAGAAAUUAGAUUUUGCUUCAUGUCAAGAAUAUUCUGUUUAAUUUAAUUCUAUCCCACACCACCAAUAACACUUCCCUUCGUUCCUAAAUAUCCCGCCCGACCCAAGGCGAUGUCCUUGGAAUCAUUUAUACGAUUUCCGCAAACCAUGAUCUUGGGUAAACAUAAAAACGAAAAACAAUCAACUGGAGCCAUUAUAUUUCCCGCUCAUAAAUUCUCUCUCCCGCUCUGUACCUCUGCAGCAGCACAUCCGAAGGUUUAUGCGUUAUUACUUUGUCACCGAGUAGAUUCCCCGAGCUCCAGGACCCCUCGCCACACUCCCACGUGCGGUACA